CCCCGCUGCACAACAUCUUUACAGAGUAUGUUAUUUCCUCUUUCCUUCUUUCUUUUCUCCACCCCAAUCUAAAGAAGCUUGCCAUUUUUUCAUCUCCGGAACUUCAGCAAGUACAGAGGAGGAUGGGUGCUGCAAACGACGUGGACCAUGGGUGCUGCCACUUGCCUCAGAUGAUCAUAUCUUCUUCUCCGAUGCGGGGCGUGCCGACGAAGUUGUGCACUGGCUCACCGCUCAUCAGUCUUCUUCUUCUCCAUCCAUCUGGUUCUAUUCAAUUCGUUGCUUUGCUGCAAAACUAGUUGGCACCGGCAUGAUGGCUGCUGUGAUCAGGGGCGGAUCUGGGCCUAGGCCAGGGCGGGCCUAGGCCCACACUCAAAAAAAAAAUAAAAUUACUAGUAUAUAUAGGUGUUAUAUUAUAUAUAUUGUUGUUAAGUUAUGAUAUAAUUAUAUAGAAUGUCAAUUUGAACACAAAUGCUCUAUUAGCAACAUGGAAGGAGACCCCCACCAACUUGAACAUCCCAGAUCCGCCCCUGGCUGUGAUGUCGACGGAAAACGGAAGGAUGACUGCUGCGAUUUCGUCACAGGUCUUGGGCUAUCUUCCACAUGUUUACGGGCGAGUUCACCAACGAAAGGAAUGGUCAGUGUUGUGACUAUGGUGGGGUGGCAAAAGAAGAGAGGAAAAAUGGGUCCUGGGUUUGCCGGUUGGGUGCUUCGCCGAAGAAGAAAGUAACGAGGGAAGAAAGAAAGAGUUGCAGGGAGGAGAUGAAAGAAAAAGAGAAAGAAAAAGGAUAAGAAAAUCAAAAAUAAAAAAAAUGCCACUUGGGCAUCCAGGUCACAAGUUUCACCGGCGAAACUUAAAACAACCGGCUAAAAAUCAAAAUUGGAUUUUCUUUUAUAGUUGAG